AUGCAGCGCCCAGUCACGGAGCUGAGCCAUGCUGCACCAGUGACUCCCGCCGUCACCGCGCCAGGCGGACGUGGCCCCACCGUGGCCGCGACUGGGGGCGUAAACGUCCCUGCUGCUGCGCCUGCACCAGCCCCAGCCAUGAACGCGGCAAUGGCUGCUCGCCUUCGCGCCCGCGAGCUUGAGAUAGUCGAGCUCAACGCCCGUCUCCGCGAGGCACGCCGUACGGCCACCAACAACGUUGCGGAAGGGGAUGCUGACACCCAAGGUCAGCGCAACACGGCGCCAGCCACCACCCGCCAGCGCAACAGGGCGCCAGCAACGACUCGCCAGCGCGAGAGCAACCCGACUGUCGACCAACGUGGCGCGGAGCCGCAGCAUGAGCGCGUGCACACACCAUUCGUGGCCCAGGCCCUCGCUAGGGAGAUUGCGGUCGUGCGUGGCAGGCAUGGCCCUCCUACCGAACAGCUGGUGAUAUCGGCGGACAAUCUCGAAAUCGCGAACAAGGUCAUCCCUGGGCUCUUGAAUGGCCUGAAGGACGCAGUUGGGGAGGGGAUUGUGCUGCUCGUGUACGCCACGCGUGUUGGGCGCAUGUCAUUCUGGCCGUCCCCGCUACUCAUCGAGGCCACGAUGGCUCGUGCUCUUCGGCUCCGCACAAGGGCACAGCGUCAACAGCUUCACCUAGUGUGGACCAACGACGCGUCUCGGUUGGGGUGGUUCAUUCGCAAGAUGCAGGUGUUUCGUAACACUCGCUGGGAGCAGGGAAGGGCGUAUGUCUACGUACUCAACGGGUUGCCCUAUGAACCCCCGGCCUUCUCUCGGGUGGCGGUGCCCGCGGACAUGGCUGCUAACGGGGUCCCACAAGUCUCCCGCCAGGACUUCGUAGGCCGUCAUUGCGCAGGUAGUAACUACUACGUGACGUACGCAGCUGCAAGCAUCUAG